GGAAGCUGCUGCGCUCCCUAGCGUCAGGGCCGGGCGGAAGUGGACGUCGCCGCGCCGCCACCGCGUGACGCACUUCCUGUUUGUUGUUGGAGAAAAGGAGAGAAAGGAAAGCGCGAGGAGACGCCGCCACCGCCACCAGCGCAGCUGUGCCAGAGCCGCGAGGAGACCGGCCGCCUGACUUCCCCCCACCCUCGCUGGCCGCCGCGUCCUCGGAUUUUUUCCAACAGUCUGUUAAAACAUGGUGGAUUACUAUGAAGUGCUGGGCGUGCAGAGACAUGCCUCACCUGAGGACAUUAAAAAGGCGUAUCGAAAACAAGCACUUAAAUGGCACCCGGACAAAAAUCCUGAGAAUAAAGAAGAAGCAGAGCGGAAAUUCAAACAAGUAGCUGAGGCCUAUGAAGUGUUAUCGGAUGCUAAAAAGCGGGACAUCUAUGACAAAUACGGCAAAGAAGGAUUAAAUGGUGGUGGAGGAGGAGGUGGAAGUCAUUUUGACAGUCCAUUUGAGUUUGGCUUCACAUUCCGGAACCCAGAUGAUGUCUUCAGGGAAUUUUUUGGUGGAAGGGACCCAUUUUCAUUUGACUUCUUUGAAGACCCAUUUGAUGACUUUUUUGGAAACCGAAGAGGUCCCCGAGGAAAUCGAAGCCGAGGUGCUGGCUCCUUUUUCAAUGCCUUCAGUGGAUUUCCUUCCUUUGGAAGUGGAUUUCCUGCUUUUGAUACAGGCUUUACUCCAUUCGGGUCACUAGGUCACGGGGGUCUCACUUCAUUCUCUUCAGCGUCAUUUGGCGGCAGUGGAAUGGGCAACUUCAAAUCAAUAUCAACGUCAACUAAGAUAGUUAAUGGCAAAAAAAUCACUACAAAGAGAAUUGUGGAGAACGGUCAAGAAAGAGUAGAAGUUGAAGAAGAUGGACAGUUAAAGUCCUUGACAAUAAAUGGUGUGCCCGACGAGAACGCCCUUGCAGAAGAAUGCCGGCGGAGAGGCCAACAAGCACCAGCUCUGGCCCCUGGCCCGGCCCCAGCACCAGUCCGGGUCCCCUCCCAGGCCCGACCCCCGGCCCCAGCUCCAGCCCAGACUCCGGCCCCUUCUGUCAGCACCCGCCCACAGAAGCCACCCAGGCCUGCCCCAACGGCCAAACUUGUGUCUAAAAGCAACUGGGAAGAUGAAGAGCAGGACAGGCAGCGGGUUUCUGGCAACUUGGAUGCCCCUAUGACCUCAGCAGGGCUCAAAGAAGGUGGCAAGAGGAAGAAGCAGAAGCAGAAAGAGGACUCGAAGAAGAAGAAGUCGACCAAAGGGAACCGCUAGGCUGGAUUUGGCGGCAGCCACAGCAGCCGCUCUCGUGUGUGUGUGUGUGUGUGUGUGUGUGUGUGUGUGUGUGUGUGUGCACGGCAGCGGCGUGUGUGCCCACGGAUCGGUAGGAUCAGGGGUGCUGGAGAUGGAGGCAACAAUCCCGGGUGUCUUGUGUAAGUCUGUGACACAGCCUCAGCCGCCUUGUAACUGCUUCUCCCCAACACUAAGUCCAUAGCGGUUUCCUCGAGUUGUAAGGGUCUGCCUAAUUCUUUUCAGCAGCCCAAGCCCUGCUUUGAGCUCUGAGGUAUUUGUAGUUGUAGGAGUCCAUAGGGUCCAGUUGGGCGCUGGGUAUGUGUUCGUGAUAGACUGCCUCCUGUUAUCGGUACAGUGCGCGGUUUUAAGUACAGCGGAACUUACAUAUAGAGUAAGCUGUGCCUUGAGCCAUGGGUAUCAGGAUGCUUUUGAUUCAGGGUACUCUGGCAAUACAUAGGCCAUCAGGAGCCACUUCAGAUGUAGAGUCUUUCCUUAUUUAUUGUUCAACUUUUAAUCUUCUCCAGGUAGUCAAAAAUUGACACCAAAUAUAGUUUAGUUUUUGGGAUAUCUCAUCUUUUCUUCUUGGAGAAAUAUUUGUCCUUUUUCAGUCAAAAGGUUUUGCUUAGCAGUACCAUUUCUAGUAAUGAUAGGUCAGUGCUACUGGCUAUUUACACAAACACACAGCACACAGAGGCUCGUGCAAAAUAAUCAGUUCUUUAAGUUGCAAGUAAUGAAUGGCCCCUUCACAAGCUUUGUCCCGUCACAACCCAUGCCACACUGUCACCUAACUCGCGGUUUGCAUGGAGCACCAGGUAGUUCUGAUGCCUUCUCACUUCUGGGAGCUGUGUUCCUUCCUUAUGGCCACGAGGAUCUGUUGUUUGAACUUUGUCCUCCUGGCAGUGAGUACAUUAUAAAAGUGUUGGUGAGCUUGAGAUGGGUCCAGCAGUGUGGACAGGGAAGUCGUGUGAGUUAUGGGCACUGCUGUAGCUAGGAGCUGGGACAGGGUCACCUGGGUUUUGAGGAAGUGACCACAAGUGUUUGCUGUGUUUGCUUGGUUUUGGUGGGAGGUGGUGUGGGCACUUACGGAGUGUGAAUUGGUGUUGUGUGUUGUGGAAAUGUGACCCUCAAGGAGGCAUGUAGUGCUACUGACGUAAAUAAAAUGUAAACGUCACAGAGUCCAGCUCUCCUGUGGUCAUUCCCUGUUUGUAAGUUGCACUGUUACCAUGAAAAAUAAAAGCAGGUCUUGUAUUUUUUUUAA